ACAACAGGGCGCUGUUGGUUACGUCAAAUGGCUGAAAUUUUGCUCCGUUAGUUGUUGAAGAGUGUCAGUCUUAAGCCGCCAUUGUUUAGUCAACAUUUCAUUGCUAAUAAUAAAAAUAAUAAUACCAACAAUCUAACAAACUUGUACUCAUCAAGAGAUUAAGACAAAAAAAAUAAUUUUCAUAUUUAUUGGUCAAAAAAUUCAUCAAGUGACAUUGUGAUUAUCGUUAUCGCAACGUAAUUUGUUAACGUGGAAGUAGAGAAAAUUAUUUUUUUUUAAAAAAAUAGAGAGAGCUUGCGUGGAAUUUUUUUCUUUUUAAAAAACGACUUUUAAUUGAGAGAGUCUUCGUCGACAGCCGUGAACGAGAGAGAACGAGAGAGUGAGAAAUAACAGAAGAGAAAAAAAAAAAAAAAAAAAAAGAAGAAGAACGCCUCCGCCAACGUAGCAUGUCCACAAUGAAUCCCGAAUACGAUUACUUGUUUAAAUUACUUCUCAUUGGAGAUUCUGGUGUUGGUAAAUCAUGUUUAUUAUUACGUUUUGCUGAUGAUACAUAUACAGAAAGCUACAUCAGUACAAUUGGUGUUGAUUUUAAAAUUCGUACAAUUGAUCUUGAUGGAAAAACAAUAAAGCUACAAAUAUGGGAUACAGCUGGACAAGAAAGAUUCCGUACAAUUACAAGCUCAUAUUACAGAGGUGCACAUGGUAUAAUUAUUGUUUAUGAUUGUACAGAUCAAGAUUCAUUUAGUAAUGUUAAACAAUGGCUUGAUGAAAUUGAACGUUAUGCAUGUGAUAAUGUUAAUAAAUUAUUGGUUGGUAAUAAGGCUGAUCUUGAAAAUAAAAAAGUUGUUGAUUUUAAUCAAGCUAAAGAUUUUGCAUCACGUUUGAAUAUUCCAAUACUUGAAACAUCAGCUAAAAAUGCUAUGAAUGUUGAACAAGCAUUUAUGACAAUGGCUGCACAAAUUAAAACACGUGUUGGUCCACCAUCUGGUGCUGCUGUUGAUUCAGCAAGUAAAGUCACGAUUAAUCAAGGAGUUGAUGUUAAUCCACCAAAAUCUGGCUGCUGCUGAAAGUUUAAUAUAUUUUUUUUAUUUUUUUUUUUUUCACUAUCAAUUAACCAAAAUAACAUCGCAAUGCAUCAUCAAUACUCUGGUGCCCAGUUGAAAAAAAAAAUAAAUCAAUGAUUGACACGACAAAAAAUACAUAGAAUAAAGUGAGAUUUUUUUUUUUUUUUUUUUUUUCUUUUUUCGUCAUUAUAAUGGAAGACAUCAUCAUUUAUUAAUUGUCUCAAAUUGACCAUCAUCCUGUACAUCAGGUUGUACACAAUAAUGAAGAAUAAUAUAAUACAUUGUCGUUUAAAUUAAAAAAUAAAAAAUAAUUGAAAACUGGAAUAAGG